UCGGUCUUAGUUCUCCAGGCAGAGAGGGAGUCACUUCAUUGGAGCUCAGAGUCGGCAAAGAAAAGCAAGAUGGCCAAAGUUCCUGAUCUGUUUGAAGAACUGAAGGACUGUUACAGUGAAAAUGAAGAAUACAGUUCCAACAAUAACAACCUCUCUCUGAAUCAGAAAUCCUUCUAUGAUGCAAGCUAUGGCCCACUUCAGAAGGUCUGCAUGGAUAAAUAUAUGUCACUGAGCACCUCUGAAACCUCUAAGACACCCAAGCCCACCUUCAAGGACAGUGUGGCAGUAGUGACAGCCAGAGGGAAGAUUCUGAAGAAGAGACGACUGAGUUUACACCAACUCAUCACUAAUGAAGACUUGGAAGCCACUGCCAAUGAUCUAGAAGAAGAAAUCAUCAAGCCCAAAUCAGCAUUUUCCACCUCCCUGAACAAAGUGAAAUACGGCUUUACGAAGAUCAUCAAAAGUCAGGGCAUCCUGAAUGACAUCCUUGCUCAAAGUUUAAUUCAAGACCCAACAGGUCCAUACCUCAAGGCCGCUGCUUUAAAUAAUCUGGACAAUGCAGUGAAAUUUGACAUAGGUGCUUAUAAACCAGCAGAUGGUUUUAACAUUCCCGUGACUCUAAGAAUCUCAGAAACUCGACUGUUUGUGAGUGCCCAAGAUGAAGAUGAACCAGUGUUGCUGAAGGAGAUGCCUGAGACACCCAAAGUCAUCACGGAUGAGACCAACCUCCUCUUCUUGUGGGAAAACCACGGCAUUAUGCACUACUUCAGAUCAGUUGCCCACCCAGAGUUGUUUAUUGCCACAAAGGAUGAAGAACGUGUGCACUUGGCAAGAGGGGAACCCUCUACCAUUGACUUCAAGAUAUGGGAUAACUAGACUCCGGAAUCUUUGUACUGUGAAGUGGUGGUAGUCUUUGUGUACCAUGUACAUACAUCCUUUACCCCUACCAUUUGCUGAGCAUGGCUGAGCCUUUGUAAUUCUAAAUGAAUGUUUACCCUCUUUGUAAGAGAGACAGCAAGGUCUAAUGGAACCACCACUAAUGCACAACAUCGUUGUUUGUUAUUUAAAGAACACCCUGUGCUUUGCAGAGUACCAAUUAUUUUAAUUAUUAUUCUUCAUAACCAUUUUGAGAGGACCAGGGCUACUGACCAUGGCUACCAAAAAGACUCUACCCAUAUUACAGAUGGGUUAACUAAGGCAUAAGAAAACUCAAAAAUACACACAGAGGCAGUUGGAAUGAAAACCUACAGACCCAAGAUUUCAUUCCAACUGUUUGUCUUCUUUUAAGUUGCUGGCAGGCCCUUAAUCAGAUAGCAUAAGUUUCUGGGACCUGUGUUUUAUCAUCUUCAAAAUGAAUGGAAUAAUACCUAUAUUCUUUCUGUCUCAACAGUUUUUUAUGCCAAUCAGUAGGGUCAUUCUGGUAAAAUACUUCUUGAAGCUGAGCCUCAAGAAGAAGGCAAAGUAUGAAAUGUUGUUUUUAAAUUAUUAUUUAUAUAUAUAUGCACAUAUAUAUGUAUUUAUAAAUAUACUUUAAGAUUAUUAUAACAUAUUAUUAUAUUUAUGGCAAUUCCUUGACUGAGUGUGACCAGACAGCCUCAACAACAGCUGACUGUUUUCCAGGCCCAUAGCUGAGUAAGUUUGGUGUAGUUACAUCAGGGCAGUUUGGUCCAAGUUGUGCUUUUUCAAAGCUGAAAAAGCUCUGCAUUCUAGUGCCUGGAAGCUCUUUAAUUAUGAUAAUACAUUCCCACUAAUGACCUUUGGUUGAGUUGAUAAUUGAACCAAUCUGUUCACUCUUCUGCCCUUAAACGUGCUUAGGCAUUCUUGGUUCAUUCAAUUCGACCCACAAUCAAGUCCUACUAUUUAAAAUGGGAUGAACUCAACUUCGGCAACCAUGGAACCAUAGUUUUCUAAACUUUCUUUUCUGACAUGUAAUCAAUGUUCCUUCUAGGUUCUAAAAAUUGUGGUCAUCCCAUAAUGAUACAUUAUCGUAAGCAAUAAUAAUACAUUAUUAUCUAUCAUAAUUGAAUAAAAUUUACAACAAAUCUGA